GUAGGCAACGGAAAGAAUGCCAAGGACAGUGUUCUCGGGAAAAGCCACUUCUCCUCCUGUAGCCUGUACCUAGCUCCUGUAGUGCCAUCCCAAGCUGAGAGCGACCCAAAAACAGAGAGCAGAAGAGGAUCGGCGUUGGAGAGCAAGCAGAAGGGUGCGCCUCCUCUGUUUACUGUGCAGAAAGCACCCAGUUUGUACAGAUUUGAACCUAAGAUUCCUGUGAAAGAGGAAUGCGCAGGAAUACACAGGCAGCUCACAGUUCCCUCUGCAGGCUCAGUACCCAGCUGGCAUCGGAUGCCAGGCCUGAUGACGCAGCUGGACAGAGCUGAUGCCCCUAGCCACAGAACAGAGGGAGGAAAAGGAAAAAUAACUCGGAUGUUCCAGGAAUCCGUUACAAUAACUUUGUUCCCUGCAUAUUGAGAACGGAGUCCCAGUGCAACCAGUACUUCAAGCAUCUGGCCAACUGGAAGGAAACCCCCCCACCUCCGAGAGGCCCUCCUCCAUCCGCCCUCAGCAGCAGAAGGCAGCCCAUGGAAGCCCCUCUUCUGGGACAGACCCUCCCGCAGCCCCAGUCCCCCAACCCCCCUCCCCCUCCCCCCUCCCCCUUCUUUUCUGAGACCAGCGAGACUUUUUCUCUGGGCUGAACUGGGAAGCUGAACUGGGAGGCGGGUUUCCCAGUGGCCACAGUCUCUCCAGGAAUGCUGGCCUCCUUUUUGAGCCGGGAAGUUUAGGGGAGAGGGGCUUAGAACUAUUAAAAUUCCAGCUCCUUCUGUUUGCUGCGUGUUGCCUUUCUCUUCAAAGGGCACCAUCUCGAGAAGAGUGUCUCUUCCUGCCGCACAAAGGUAGGGAACACAGUAACUGCCUCUUCCCCAGGAACCUGGACAAGUUGGUAAGACGGCAGGUGCAAGAUUGGUGCAAGUCACAGGAGGGAGGCACAUUCAUGGCUGGAGAAUAGGAGGCUCUUGAGAUGCAGAUUUUGCUCUUUCUGGCUCCUCCGCUGACAAGGGGGAGGCAAUGGCCUUGUCACAGGAGAAGCCCCCCACCAUCAAGAGCCUCUUUGUGAAGCAUUGCUGUGGAAACUCUCAGCAACUCAGCAGCCUGUGUGAAUCUAUAUCAUUUCUGUUGUAGCUCCUGUUCUGUAACAGUCCCCUUAACAGGCACCCUGUGUAGUCUUGUGGAAGUUGUUCACUCAUAGAUAUGCCUACACUGCAGACUUAUGUGCCACAGUGAUUUUUGGUACAUGGUUGGCCUGAAAGGAAAUGGGGGAGCCCUCUCCAGUUCUCCCAAGCACCCCAAUGCCCGGAGGCAAUGCCAUGCUUGCAGCUGCUAGCCAGAGGAAUGGCUGUGACCCUCCUGGCUUGGUUUCCCCUUGCCAACCAGGGGCUUUCCUUGGUCGAGACCAGUAGGCAGAGAGUUCCUACCUUUCCCUAGGCAGGGCAAGGGCGGGCAGCAUGGCCAGGUGUUUCAAGGGAAGGUUCGUUUGGACAUCUCUGGGAGAGACCUUUAGUGCAUUUAGGUUUAUAAUAUCCUUCACAACUGGGUGUCCUCUCCAAACCUGGCCCCCUCACUCUUCUUCCUAACCUCCUCAUCAUUUGGAAACAGGGCAAUGGUCUCCUGAAAAACUGGUACACAGAAAAAUGGCUUACGGAAAAGGCAAAAUGCACACUUCUUUCCUCAGGUCUGUGGUGAGGGCAGCCUCUCUUGGCAGCUAUGCUGAAGAAAAGCACUCUUUUGAAUCUCCCUCCCCCCCAGAUGUUUUUAUGCCCUUCUUGGCUCCCACCUGGGAGCCUGUGUUUUGGUAUCAUAAUAUUAAAGGUCAGGAUUAUCUGCUGUAUAUGAGGAUUAAUUUGGCUUCUCCUUGAUUUGUACUUUCUAGUGGCAUAGUCAGUGACAUAAGUUGAUUUUUGCAAACCAUGUAAGUAAGCCUUAGCAAAGGAAAGCACAUAAAACCCAUUCACAUGCACACAGGCGCACCUACUGCUGCCGCUUGCCUCUCCUGUGACAGAGGAGGAAGUCCUGGGGACUGUGGCCAGAGAGGUGCGCUGCCCUGUGGCCUCCGGGCUGCAGGAUGGAGGCUGGGCCUUCUGGCCAAAGGGUUAUCUUGCACUGAGGAAGAAGUGAAGCAGUAGGGGGCAUCCUACCAAGAAAAUUCGUCCAAGUUUGGGAGAUGAACUGGUGGAUUUCAGUGGAUUCAUAGGCCCUCUGGGCAAAGUCCUUUCUGUUUGCUGGAGGGUUUCUUGGCAACCAUACACUUUUCCUGGGGCACGCCUCCCCUUGUUAACACCCGCCUCGCCUUCUGCCUUUCUCCUUCCCGCUAGCUUUCCUCUGGCAGCCAGUCCAGGGAAACAGAAGAAACUGCCGGGGAGGUUCACCCAUUUGCAGUCCUUCUUCCUCUUCCAAACUCUGUGUCCAGUGCUUCGUUCCAAGGAAUGGAGCCGGUGGCAUCUACAGAGGGCCUUGGCCCCAGCCAGCCUCAGACAGAGCGUGGCUCUGGUGCUCAGGUUGCACCAGAGAAGAGGUCGGCGUCGCUACUCCGGAGGCAGCGGAGGAGGAUUGGCUACGCGAGUGUGAGAGGCAAGGGGCAGCUGAAGCUCUCCAUCCGCAUGCAAGGCAAGGGCCUUCUGCUCUACGUCAUGGAAGGAAGAGGUCUGUUGGGAAAGCAGUACCAGAUCUGUGACUCCCUUGUCAAGGUGUCCAUUGUGCCAGAUGCCGGUCGGCAGUGCAGGCAAAAGACGGAAACGGUCCCAGACAGUAGAAACCCUGUCUUCCACCAGCACUUUCUCUUCCCUUUGCGAGAGGAAGACGAAAAGAAGCGCCUGUUGGUUACUGCCUGGAACCAGCUGAGGGAUUCCCGGCAGAGUGAACUCAUCGGCUGCAUGAGUUUCGGCAUAAGGAGCCUCCUGAGCCGAGACAAGGAGAUCUGCGGCUGGUAUUACCUGCUGGGGGAAGACCUGGGUAGAGCAAAGCACCUGAAGGUGGCCACAAGGCGGCAGCACUGGCAAAAGCUGGAGGGCUCAGAGAUGAUGUUUGCCAGGCCGACUGUAUUCUCCAGGAAGCAGCAGAAGGAGAACAUGGAGGAGGUCCAGAUCACCAUCCUCCGUGGGAAGAAUGGCUUUGGGUUCACCAUCUGCUGUGACUCCCCCGUCCGGGUCCAAGCUGUUGACACUGGUAGCCCAGCAGAGAAGGCCGGCCUGCAGCAGCUGGACACAAUCCUGCAGCUCAAUGGGCAGCCUGUGGAGCGCUGGAAGUGUGUGGAGCUGGCACACAAGAUCCGGACUUGCCCCCAAGAGAUCAUCCUGCUGGUCUGGCGCUUGGUCCCUCAGGUGAGGCCUGGCCCAGAAGGGGCCACCCGCCGCUCCUCCUGCAAAUCAACGCUGGACUUGCAAUUGCCACCCAACAAGCGGGAGAAGAACGGUGGGGCACAGUCCCGGCCCCUAGAGCACCGCCGGAGCUGCCAUGUGGUCUGUGAAGGGAGUGAAGGGCUGGUGUUGAAUGGCUGGGAGCGCUACACUGAGCUCGGAAAAGUCCCCCGGCAUCAGGAGCCGCAGCAUCAGCGUCAGCAGCAGAGCAGCCUACCCCUUGUCUCCCGGCCCCCCUCCGUUGGGGGCAGCGACAAGAACUACAUCAUCCUGGCCCCUCUCAAUCCCGGAAGCCAGCUCCUGAGGCCAGUCUACCAGGAUGGCAAGACCCCUCCUGGAGACAGCGGGACCCACAGCAAGAAGUCCCGGCUCAUGAAGACCGUGCAGACUAUCAAAAGCAAUGGGGGCGGCGGUAGCCCCCAGACCUGCACCCUGGACCCCCACUCCAACUACGGCACAUACGUGACUCUGGCUCCCAGGGUGCUCAUCUUCCCCCUCUUCGUGCAGCCUCUUGAUCUUUGCAACACGGCCCGGACGCUGGUCCUGGCGGAAGAGCUGCUGCUCCACGAGAUUCGGAACAAGCCCACGAAGGUGACCCUCUUCAUCUACUCCGACUUGCUGCUGUUCACCCAAGAAGAGGAGCCCGGGAAGUGCCACGUCCUCCGGAACCCCCUCUACCUGCGGGACGUCCGGCUGCAAGAGGAUUCCUUUGAGGAGCUGAAGUUUGGCAUCCUUUACCUGGCAGAGGAGCUGGAGUGUCUCCUCAGCCUGGAGUCGCACUCCCGUGAGCAGAAGAGGAGAGUCUGCUGGUGCCUCGCCCAGAACGCUGCCAAGCAGCAGCAGCAGGAGCUCCUCGCACCCGUGACGGUGCCCACAGCCCCUCCAGACGAGACCAAGAUGUUUGAACCAGAGGCUGGGAAGCGAGAAGGGCCUAUGCCCCCCUCUGGGGCCGAUGGCAAGACCGAACAUAUCGCCCACCCUGCAACAGAGAACCCGGGUGAUCAGGAGAGGCUGGUGGAAGCCCAGAGAGACUCCAAGGAAGGGGAAGAGGAAGAAGAAGAGAGGGGGGCAGAACACCCGGAGGGGGAGGAGGCUGAAGAAUCCCACAGGAACCCUUCUCCCUUCAUUACCUCCACCUUGCAGCUGGACAGCACCUUCAGCCAGGGUCCCAUCAGUGCCCCCUUGGAGCUUGGGGGUGCAAUGGACCUGUGCUUGGAAGAGGAGGAAGAGGAAGAAGAAGAAGAGGAAGAGGAGGAUGAAAGUGGGGCAGCCUACCUCAACCUGGGUGGGGGGAAGCGCUGCAGCCUCUUUGCAGCCCCCUCUCCUCCACAUGGGCCUUCCUGCGGCCUGAGCACAAGGAACUCCCUGCGCCGGCGCACCCACAGUGAAGGCAGCCUCCUCCAGGAAACUCAGGGGGGCCACAGCUUCACCUCUGACACCAGCCUGAACUAUGCCGAGGCACAGGGGCCCCCUGCCAGCUGGACACUGCCCUCCCCAAAGAGCCUGAAGAAGCAGCUGACCAAGAAUGGGGGCUCCAUCCACCAGCUCACCCUUCUUUUUGUCGGCAAUCGAAAGCCGCAGCAUCCACAUCUGCAUCGCCUGUUGGAUCCUACCUGCGUCUGUGACAGCGGAACCAGAGCAACCCACAAGCAGGAAAAGUGGAGCCUGGCGAAGGACGUGAAGGAGCGACUGGGCUUCUUCCGACGUCGCCAGGAGGGCACCCCUGAGUCCAGACCUCCGGCAGAGGAGGAGGAGAGCAUGGGCCUCAGGGCCGCCCUCGUCAAGCCAAGCACAGAGGAAGCCCUCGAGUGGGGACAGUCCCUGGAGAAGCUCCUGCAGCACAAAGGUGGCCAGGAAGCUUUCCGCCACUUUCUGCGGACCGAGUUCAGCGAGGAGAACCUGGACUUCUGGCUGGCCUGCGAGGAAUACCGGAAGAUCAAGUCCCAGUCCAAGAUGGCCUCCAGAGCCAGGAAGAUCUUCACAGAAUACAUAGCUGCCCAGUCCUGCAAAGAAGUCAACCUGGACUCUUACACCCGUGAGCACACCAAAAAGAACAUGCGGGUGGUCACCCAGGGCUCCUUUGACCUGGCCCAGAGGCGGAUAUACGGCCUGAUGGACAAGGACUCCUACCCGCGCUUCCUGCGCUCACAACUGUACUUGGACCUCGUUCGGCAGAAGAAAGCCAGCCCUGUGGUGUAGGCCAGACCACCCCACUCCUCCUGGGAGGCAGCCGUGGUUUAUGUGGGAUCGCUUGCCUUUUCGGCAAGGGACCGGAGCUGAAGGACAAUGCUUUUCUCUCUGGUACGAUGAUAGCCGUGGGGCCGGCGAUCUCACCAUCACCAGACCACUGUGAAAUUGGGGGCUCUGCCUCUUCCCCCCAAGAAAGAAAUUGUGAAGGUGGCCAGUGCAGAAGGACAGCACCCUGAACAGGACCAAGAUGGCUUUCCUGUGGUGUCUAUGCAAAGGCAGCCACACCUUCCUUCCAAAGAGGAGGGCCACAUUUUUGGGACUGAUCAGCCCCCAGUAUUGGCAGACAAAGUGACAAACAGUCCUCCUUUAUUGCGCCUCUGUUUGCCCAUCUCAACGUCCUCUCGGUCUCUGGCCUUAUUUAUUGUAAUCUAGCUGGAUAUUGGACCAGUUGCCUCUCUCUCAAUGCAGAUCCCAAGUUCCUGUUGGGGAGGGCUUUCACUUUUUUACAUUUAAGUGCAAUAUUAUUGUAUAGUGUUUUUGUUUGUACAUUGCCUGGUGGAAUUAAUAUGGGGAACUUGUGGGGUGCUUGGCAUCCUUUCCCGGCAGCUGGGGCAGGGCUUCUCUGUGUCACAAGCAAAGGGUGCGCAAAGGGUGUGUGUGUGUGCAGAGGAGACGCGCAUGUGCCUGCUUGGUCCAGGAUGACCCCACCUCUCUCUCUCUCUCUCUCUGGGGCCAGGGGCUGGCAGAAUGGCCCUCCUCUGGGCAGCUGCCCAUCUUCUCUCUGCAGUGAAUGUAAAGAAAACCCAAGAGCUAUCAUGGCAACUAUUUAGGGUCAAUAAACCGUGGAACAACA